GGACAGUCCGACAGUGGAAUGGUGAAUAAGAUAAGCUCCUUUGGAAUGGACACCGCAGAAGCCUUGGGUCAUGGGCUAUGGCUGAGCCCAAUAACACUUGCGUUGUUUGUCGCGAUGUUCAUUCUGCUUGGAGUGCUUGUUGUUUUGAUGGUGCCUGGUGAAGGAGAACCUGAACCUGAAGAUGGCGAACGAGAACCUGCAAUGGAGCCAUUGACAUCACCGUACCCAAUGAACAACCGUUCACUGGGACAUGUCUUUGCAAAUGUCUUCGCAGACCCUAUGUUCAAAGUGGAAGGCAUGCUGGUUUGGAUGUACCAUAGGUGUGAAGGAAGAGUACGCCGUGGAAACAAGCGUGUCCUCAAUGGGUUUCGAAUGGAGACUUUGCAGCAAAUGGUCAAGGUUUGCUGUGAUCUUGCAGGUAUGACUGCAUCGGAAUCGCAGAAUAUGAUGGACAAUGUGGUAGCAAUGACAGAUCUCUCUGAUGAUGAUCAAUCUCCGAGAGCUCAUUUGUCGAUGGAUGAGAAGCAGGUCGAGAUCCAGCAGGCUUACCAAGCAUUUCAAGUUGGACUGGACUUGGUGCGACAGAUGAGACGAGCAGAAGCAAGACACAGUGAAAAUGCAGAUGGAGGAACAAACAAUGAAGAAGCCAACAACGAACAGAUGGAUCAAAGUAGCUCAGGAUCAGAAGGUCUUCCAGUACGUCUGAGGAGGUACUUACACAUCUCCUUGGAAGAGGCAUCUGAUCCAGACUUAUGGAUGGAGAUCCAUCAUGGAAAUGACGAUGAGAUGGAAAACGAAGACUGA